GUGCUCGAUAAGCGAACGUGUGCGUCUUUUGGAUUAAAAUCGAAUACUGUAACGACGGGAAAUCUUAAAAAAAAAUAUAUAUAAAAGAAAAUACAAAAAAGUUUAUGUGUGUGUUCUAAUAAAAAUUGUUUUUAUAAGGAAAAAGUAGAGGAAAUUACAAAAAAUAAAAGAAAAUAAGAAUUUUCUUAUGAUUUGUUUAAAAAUUUGUUGUAAUUUUUGAAAAUAAAAACCCCCUUUCGGAAAAAGUAAUGACCAGUGAAAAAGAAAAGUGUUAAAGAAAAUCAAAUUGGAAAAAUUAAAGUGCUUAGUGGUUUUAACAUUAGUCAAACUUAAACAAUCAACGAAUUAAGUAAAAAUUUCAAAUUAAAAAAAAAAUAUCCUGCAAUAAUUUAACUUUUCCCAAGAAAAAAAGAAAUCCAACAACCCUUAAUAAAACACCUGCAAAUCAAUCAGUCAAAAUUUUAAAGAAAGAAAAAAUACAUACAAAUAAAUCAAAACAAAUAUUGCUUUUGUUUGAAUACCUGGUUGACAGCAAAGAAACAACAACGAUUACCAAACAAAAUAAAGUGCUAAACGCUUAGAUGUCUAAAUCAAUGAAUCUGUUCAGUUUUAUGUUUUCAUUUUGCUAAACAAGUGUUAUUUUUUAAAUCAAUCAAAACCAUUAUCCUUUUGUAAAGGAAUACAAAAAUAUCAUUCAUAUUAAGUGUAAAGUUUCUAAUUUAGUUUCUAUUAUUCUUUGCUAAAGUGUAACUAACAUUUUAAUAGAUUUAUAAAAAAAUAGUGAUUUUUGCUGCUGUUAAAAUCUCCACGUGUUCCUGAAUUUAUUUUCCAAUUUUUUGGAAUAUAUUUUUUUGUUCGUUCUGCAAUAACAACUAAUAACUUAUCUUGCAUGGUUUCAUAUAUUGGAUAAUGUGUGUUAAACAAAGAUGACGCCGCUGCAAUGAGGACGAUCCAUUAGCGGCAUUGACUAUGGGACCAGAGGCAUGGGCAUGUGUGCGGACCCUGGGUCUUACCGGUGGUGUCAGGCAUUAAGCCGAACGCGAUCAUCGUUCGCCACAAACAAUAACAAAAACCAACAACUAAAUUUAAAUUCAAACAAACAUAAAAACUACAACAACAAAUUGAAAAACUGUAGCCGCAAAAAUAAAAAACAUAAUAGCUUUAACCAUAAUAAGCUAAAUAUAGCAAUCCAACAACAGCAGCAGCAACAACAACAUAACGAUUAUCAAAUACGUUAUCGACCAACCUCAACAACAACACCAACAAUAUUACCCACAACCUUACAGAAACCUUCAACUUCAAAUUGUCUACUAACAACAACGAUACUGGAGACGUUAAAGUUUUGUGAUCCAACAGCAACAACAGCGUCUCACCUUCAAUAUAAUUUACCACCAUAUAGUACGACGACAGCAACUACAACAACAGAUUACCGAGGAAAAUCAACGAUAAGUUUUAAGAAAAUUCUACAAAAAUCUGAACAUAUUUGUUGUUGGCUGAAAUCAUCAUUUCAAUUCACAAUAUUGUUAUUUAUCAUUUUACUUUUAACAAAAUCAACCUAUGCCAAUAACAAUAUACCGGAAGAUGCUGUCCAUAUCACAGCCAUACUCGGUGAAGGUGUCAUCUUCAAUUGUCACGUUGAAUUUCCCAAUGAUCAUCCAGUCCCGUACGUCCUACAGUGGGACAAGAAGGGCUCGGAUCUACCGAUAUACAUUUGGUAUGAAAGCUAUCCAGAACACAUCGAAGACGGUUAUAAGGGACGUGUGUCGCGUGUGUCACCGGACUCACCAUUCGGUUCGGCAUCACUUAAUCUGACCAAUAUCAAAGAGUCGGAUCAAGGCUGGUAUGAGUGUAAAGUUGUAUUUUUAAAUCGUGAUCCCAAGCAACAUAAGAACGGUACAUGGUUCCAUUUAGAUGUACAUGCACCGCCCCGUUUUAGCGUAACACCAGAUGAUAUUAUUUAUGUUAAUUUAGGUGAUUCAAUUAUAUUAAAUUGCCAAGCUGAUGGCACACCCACACCCGAAAUUCUAUGGUACAAAGAUGCUAAUCCCGUUGAUCCUUCGCCUACUGUUGGCAUCUUUAAUGAUGGCACCGAAUUACGGAUCUCCACAAUACGGCACGAGGAUAUCGGAGAAUAUACUUGCAUUGCACGCAAUGGUGAGGGACAAGUCUCCCAUACGGCCCGUGUUAUAAUAGCGGGCGGCGCUGUAAUCAUGCCGGAUAACGGAAAUGCUAAAAACAUACAAACCACCAUCACUACUACUACUACUACAACUACAGCAAGAACAACUGCUUCUUCUACUUCGUCUAUUUCUACCGUUAAUAAAACCAAACUCAAAACCAACACCAACCAACGCCGUAAACUUAUUAAAACAAGUGCUAAGAAUAGAAUUGUUAUAACU